AUGCCAAAGAACAACGGCAAGGGCAAUGCCCAGAAAGACAAUGACGAGCCUUAUCUGCUGCGUUUCGACCUCGAUCGCCCUAUUGUGCCUUGGGCUAAAAUUAAAGAAUUGGUCAGGAGUAUUGAAGAUAAGAAUGCCCAAGUUGAUGAGGAAACCAACCUUACGGACGAACAGAAAGUUGAGCGGGCAGCUCAGCGUGCUUAG